GCGAUAUUGACAACACUGAGUCUUCUAUGGCAGAGGUAAAAGCUCAGCAAAGUAAAAGAAAGGAAAGAGGCAGGGAAAUAGAUGAACUGCGCAAAAAGAUAGAGGAAGGAAAAGAAAAGACAAAAGAAAGCAUCGACAUGUUGACAAAAGAGCUGACAUUGGUAGAAAAGACACAUAAAAUUGUCAAGGAUGCUGAAAACGAAAAGGAGCAAAGGAAAAAUAAACGAAAAGCUUCAGUUACAUUCGCCAUCAAGGCUGCUCAUGAAAAGAACCCAAAAAUAGAGACUCAGAUCACUGAAUACAUCAUAAAAAAGAUUCCCAAGGACAAUCUGGAAAUAAAUACAACCUGGGAUUGGAAGAACAGGAAACCAGACACUCCCUUGGUGGUGUUCUGUAACUAUUCAUCCAGGAUUGGAGUUGAUGUACAAGUAUCCUUGAAAGGUGUAGAAGAACCAAAGGUGAUCCUGAUCAUCCUACAUUAUAUCCGACGUGCUUUAAUAAAAGGUGAUCUAUCUGAUGAUGAUUACCUGUUGUCCGAUAACCUGAAGGAAAGAGCGGUCUGCAUUGCGCACUUUGCCUUCGAUGACGAUCUUUAUGACUGUCACCAAAACAGAUGUUCAAGGAACAGGCUGUGCAACGACUUGAUAGCCCAUUUCGAAACGCCAAGCAAGGAGAAUACAUAAAAG